GUUCUUUUUCAGGGCCAAACUUUGAAACUUUCUGCUGCGGAGAGAAAAAACAAAACAAACUCUUUACAAAGAUUAGAAGCCGCGUGGAGACGUUUGUAAUGAUUUGUGCCUCAGUUACACCGUGAGAGGAGCACCGGGGGAGGGUCGGUAACGGGCCCGUGAGAGGCGCUUUUGUCCGGGAGAGUUAGACCGUUACGUUAUGCGCACAACCACAGACACAAGCUAAAACAACAAACUUUAUUCCACUUUAGUUCACUUUAUUUCCCGUUUCUACACGUAAACCCUGGUAUUCAGAUGUCUGACUCUUCCUGGGAGUGCGGGGCGGACGUGUUGGUAAGCUUCCCCGGCUCAGGGCUCGGGUCCCCGGGGCCGCUGCAGCUCUACACCGGGCUCCUGCUGCUUUCUGCGGCGUGUGGAGUCCUGAGCGGCGCCCUAACCGCGGUUCUGCUGCUGCGAGUCUGUGUCCGCCGCUUUACAAUCAGCAGAGAGGGUCCAAGCCUCCAAGUGCUGGAGCCAGGUGAGGGGCGGAGCCAGGGGAAGAACCCAGGGUUAAAGGUCAGCACCACGGAAAAGGCUCCAGUGAACAGUGACAUCGCUGCGUUUGCAACAAGAGCAAGAGUGGUGUACCCCAUCAACCAGAAGUACAGACCUUUAGCAGACGGCGCUUCAAAUCCCUCCCUCCAUGAGGCCAGAGUGUCCCCCGUCCACACAGCUCCGCCCCCCUCCUCGCCUUCCUCCUGCUCUGAUGAUGAUGAUGAUGAUGACAUUGAUGAUGAAGACAGGGACAGCGAGGGGCAGAACGGAGGCGACCAUUUUGUGUCUUCAGACCCUCAGACUGUUCACAGUUUCACUCCUGUAUCCUGUCCUCUGCUCACACUCACUCUGACCGGAGCGGAGCGUCGGGCCAGUCUGUAUUUCUGGGCUCUGGGGGAGGUGCAGGAGCUGUGUGUGCAGCAGCAGGAGGAGCAGUCUCAGGUUUGCUCUCAGAUUCUGAAGCAGGUUUUUGGCCAUUUCUCCAAAAACAAACAGGACUCAGACUUGUGCACAGAUCUGCUGCAGGAGCUGAAAGAGUGGAACCAGCCCCUCUCCUCCUGCUGCAGCCUGACCUCUAACCCCGCCUUUGACCCCACCUGUGACCUUGAGGAGAGAGCGGACAGAGUUGCCGUGGAGGAGGUGGAGCAAUGGCAGAAAGAGCUGCACCAAAACCAGCUUCAGAAGAGUCAGAUCUUCAGUGAGCAUCUUGAGCGUCUGUCCAAACAUCUGUCAAACUCAGAGUUUGCUCCUCAGAUCCUCAGCUCCUUCCACAAGAGUCUCCUUCACCUGGAGCAACACCUACAGAACCUCCAGGAGACCAGGCUCAAUAGGAUCCUGCAGGGUGUCCUGUGGUGGGAGGAGGUCCUUUCUGUCCUUCAGACUCAACCUGCGUUACUCAAACAGGAAGUUCUUCUUCUUCAGUCUCUGGCAUCCCAACGUUUGGAGCAGAGCGGCGUUCCAAUGAAGAACGUUAUGAUGGAGAUACAAGGAAGUGUGAGCACUGAGCUGGACCAGUUCCACCAGGAGUGUGUGACACAGACUCGGCUCUUGGUCUCAGAGACGAUGAAGAGACUGGAGACGAAGAGGAGGAAGAGGAGGAGGACCCAGAGCCGAGAGAGGAGGAGAGUGUUGGAGCAGAGACACAGAGAGGAGGAGGUUAUACAGGUUCUACAGGAGCUGAUUCUGAAACAGUUCAGCUCAGAGACAGAGGAACAAGAGCAACAGGAGCUCCUACAUGCUGUGUCAGAUCUGUGGAGGUCCUUUCGUUCCUCCUGCUCUUCUCGGUGCUCCUCUCGCUGCCGACUCCUGCUCCUCUCGGUCUGUUCUGAGUCUGGACUGAACCAGGACCAGACUCUGAGACUCUGGUCUGAUCUGGAGCGUGACCUGAGUCUGCACCUGCGACAGGUUGAAGAGGGCGCCAUGGAGCAGCUACAGAAGACCAGAGAAAGACUCUGCAUACAGAAUCAGAUGUGGACAGAGGACCGGACUCUACUGAAGGCUUGCCUCAAACGUCUUUGUGAAGAGCAAACGAAGAUCCUCCAGAGCCUGGAGCACCGACUGAGCCUCUCUGACAGUCAGGUGGGGCGGCUGCUAGCGCAGAAGCUCCUGCACCUCCAGGGGGCGCUGCACAGGCUGUUUAUUCUCAGACACGUCAGUCUGACCCUGCUGAAGGAGAUGAAACUGAGUGUGCUCAGUACAGACCAAGUCCAAUCCACGAGGACAUUUGUGACACCUGUAAAUGAGGGGGCAGAGUGGGAGAGUGGAGUGGAGCUGCUGCAACGCCACCUUCAGACGAUCAUCGGAAACGUACUGAGCCUCACCCUCCAGCAGGAGCUCCCCCUGGAGGAGGAGAGUGGAACAGAUGAUGUAAAGAAGCAUCUGGCUGAGGUUGCGUUGGAGAGUGUGUAUCUGACCAAACCCUUUCUCACCACUCUGGUGCACAAGUACUACUCACUGCUAGAGGACGCUCUUCAGAGACUACAGCAGGAGGCAGCCACGAACCGCAACGACCAGCAGGAGGAGCAGCAGAGCAGCGAGUCCCUGCAGAGUGUUCUCAAAGAGUUAGAAAUCUGGAGCAGGACGUUGACAUCUGCAGAGUGUCACGCCAGAGUGAAGCAGGCCAAACAGAGGCUGCUGCUUCAGACUCACACAGAAACUCAGAGUUUAUUUGAAAAACUCAGACUUGAGAAAAUCAACUCAGAAAUAAACCUGGACCAGACGAAAGACCGGAUCAUGGGGGCAGAGGAGGACUUCCUUCAGGAGUUGACAGCUUCAGCUCGAGUUUCACUGAAGAGACUAGAGAAAGAAGAACGUGACCCUGUGACCUUUGACCUCCGUAACCUGUUGACCUUAAACCCGGCUUUGGACCCGGCUCUGAACCCAUCCCUUACUCCUCUGGCUCCAGUGAAGAAGAACCAAGACUAAACCAGGUCUAAACCAGGACUGAACCAGUUCUACACCAAGACUGAACCAGGACUGAAUCAGGUCUACACCAGGACUAAACUUGGACUAAACCAGGUCUACACCAGGUGUACGCCAGGUGUACACCAGGCCUACUCUUCUGGUGGCUCCAGUGAAGAGGAGGCAUGUAGUUGACUAAAGACGUGCUGCUCGAUUUGUCGACUAAAAUGGAGACCUGCCAGAAUCUCUCUAAACUAUUGUGUAUCUCUGUGUAUGGAUAAUAUAUAUUUAUAUAAGAAAAAUUAAACUUAUGUUGAACUUUUGU